AUCAGGACACACCUAGGAUUUAGCAUCCUUUUUUUAAUUUUUUUGUGUUGUUCUUAAUUUUUUAACUUUAAUCUUUUUUACCUUAUUAAUUCCUUUUCUUCCUUCAAAAUUACAAAAUGAAGGGAUUCACCCCAAAAGAAAGAACAGGAAGAAAGGACAGCCAGGGACUUAAUCAACACAGAUACAAGCAAGAUGUCUGAACCAGAAUUUAGAAUCACGAUAAUAAGAAUACCAGCUGGGAUUGAAAACAGAUUAGAAUCCCUUUCUGCAGAGAUAAAAGCUAGUCAGAAUGAAAUAAAAAAUGCUAUAACCGAGCUGCCAUCUUGAUGGAUGCCACAGCAGCAAGGAUGGAUGAGGCAGAGCAGAGAAUCAGCAAUAGAGAGGAAAAACUUAUGGAGAACAAUGAAGCAGAAAAAAGAGGGAGACUAAGGCAAAAGAGCACAAUUUAAGAAUUAGAGAAAUCAGUGACUCAUUAAAAAGGAACUACAUCAGAAUCAGAGGGGUCCCUGAAGAUGAAGAGAGAGAAAAAGGGGUAGAACGGUUAUGUGAGCAAAUCAUAGUGGAAACCUUUCCUAACCUGGGGAAAGACACAGACAUUAAAAUCCAGAAAGCACAGAGGACUCCCAUUAGGUUCAACAAAAACUGUCCAUCAACAAGGGAUAUCAUAGCCAAAUUCAAAAAAGACUCAGGCCAAGAAAGAAUCAUGAAAGCAGAAAGGGAAAAAGAGUCCUUAACCUACAAGGGAAGACAGAUCAGGUUCACAGCAGACCUAUCCACAGAAACUUGGCAAGCCAGAAAGGAGUGGCAGGAUAUAUUCAAAGUGCAGAAUUGGUAAAAUAUACAGCCAAGAAUUCUUUAUCCAGCAAGACUGUCAUUCAAAAUAGAAGGAGAGAUAAAAAGUUUCCCAGACAAACAAAAAUUAAAGUGGUUCGUGACCACUUUACCACUUACCAGCCCUGUAAGAAAUUUUAAGGGGGACUCUCUAAGGGAAGAAAAGAUUUUUAAAAAAAGACCAAAGCAACAAAGACUAGAAAGGACCAGAAAACACCACUAGAAACUCCAACUCUACAGGGUACAUAAUGGCAAUAAAUUCAUAUCUUUCAGCACUCACUCUAAACGUCAAUGGACCGGAUGCUCCAAUCAAAAGACACAGGGUAACAGAAUGGAUAAGAAAACAAGAUCCAUCUACAUGCUGUUUACAAGAGACCCAUUUUAGACCAAAGAAACCUUCAGAUUGAAAGUAAGGGGAUGGAGAACCAUCUAUCAUGCUAAUGGUCACCAAAAGAAAGCCGGAGUAGCCACACUUAUAUCAGACAAUCCAGACAUUAAAAUAAAGACUGUAACAAGAGAUGAAGAAGGCCUUAUAUCAUAAUUAAGGAGUCUAUCCACUAAGAAGAUCUAACAAUUGUAAACAUUUAUGCUCCAAACGUGAAAGCACCCAAAUAUACAAAUCAAUUAAUCACAAACAUAAAGAAACUGAUAGAUAACAAUGCCAUAAUAGUAGGGGACUUCAAUACCCCACUUACAACAAUGGACAGAUCAUCUAAACAGAAAAUCAACAAGGAAACAAUGGCCUUGAAUGACACACUGGACUGGAUGGACUUAUCAGAUAUAUUCAGAACGUUUCAUCCUAAAGCAGCAGAAUACACAUUCAUGGAAUGUUCUCCAGAUCAGAUCACAUACCAGGACACAAAUCAGACCUCAACAAGUACAAAAAGACGGAAAUAAUAUUGUGCAUAUUUUCAGACCACAAUGCUCUGAAACUCGAAAUCAACCACAAGAAAAAAUGUGGAAAGACAACAAAUACUUGGAGACUACAGACCAUCCUACUAAAGACUGAAUGGGCUAACCAAGAAGCUAAAGAGGAAAUUAGAAAGUACAUGGAAGCCAAUGAAAAUGAUAACACCACAGCCCAAAACCUCUGGGACACAGCAAAGGUGGUCAGAAGAGGGAAGUAUGUAGCAAUCCAGGCCUUCUAAAGAAGGAAGAACGGUCAGAGAUACACAUCCUAACCUUACACCUUAAAGAGCAGGAAAAAGAACAGCAAAUAAAACCCCAAACCAGCAGGAGACAGGAAAUAAUAAAGAUUAGAGCAGAAAUAAAUACUAUCAAAACAACAAUAACAAAACACAGUAGAAUAGAUCAGUGAAACCAGAAGCUGGUUCUUUGAAAGAAUUAACAAAAUUGAUAAACCACUAGCUACUUUGAUUAAAAAGAAAAAGGAAAGGACCCAAAUAAAUAAAAUCAAGAUUGAAAGAGGAGAGAUCACAACCAACACAACAGAAAUACAAACAAUAAUAAGUGAAUAUUAGGAACAAUUAUAUGCCAAUAAAAUGGGCAAUCUGGAAGAAACGUACAAAUUCCUAGAAACAUGUAAACUACCAAAACUGAAACAGGAAGAGAUAGAAAUCUGAACAGACCCAUAACCAGUAAAGAAAUCGAAUUAGUAAUCAAAAUUCUCCCAACAAACCACAGUUCAGCACCAGAUGGCUUUCCAGGGGAAUUCUGCCAAACAUUUAAAGAAGAGUUAGCACCUACUCUUUUGAAACUGUUCCAAAAAAUAGAAAUGGAAGAAAAUUUUCCAAACUCAUUCUACAAGGCCAGCAUUACCUUGAUUCUAAAACCAGACAAAGACCCCACUAAAAAGGAGAACUAUAGACCAAUUUCCCUGAUGAACAUGGAUGCAAAAAUUCUCAACAAGAUACUAGCCAAUAAGAUCCAACAAUACAUUAAAAAAAUUAUUCACCACGACCAAGUGGGAUUUAUACCUGGGAUGCAGAACUGGUUCAAUAUCUGCAAAACAAUCAAUGUGAUACAUCACAUCAAUAAAAGUAAGGACAAGCAAGAACCUCCUCUCGAUAGAUGCAGAGAAAGCAUUUGACAAAAUACAGCAUCUUUUCUUGAUGAAAACCCUCAAGAAAAUAGGGAUAGAAGGAGCAUACCUCAAGAUCAUAAAAGCCAUAUAUGGAAGACACACCCCUAAUCUCAUCCUCAAAGGGGAAAAACAGAGCUUUCCCCCUAAGGAACAAGGAUGUUCACUCUCACCGCUGUGGUUUAACAUAGUACUAGGAGUCCUAGCCUCAGCAAUCAAAAAACAAAAAGAAAUAAAAGGCAUUCAAAUCAGCAAGAAAGAAGUCAAAGUUUCACUCUUCGCAGAUGACAUGAUAUUCUAUGUGGAAAACCCAAAGACUCCACCACAAAACUGCUAGAACUGAUACGUGAAGUUCAGGAAAGUCACAGGGUAUAAAAAUCAAUAUGCAGAAAUCUGCGGCAUUUCUAUACACCAAUAAAAACAAACAUUAAAACAUUUUUUAGUGUUGAUUUACUUUUGAGAGACACAGACAGAGCACGAGCAGGAAGGGGCAGAGAUAAAGUGAGACACAGAAUCCGAAGCAGGCUUCAGGUUCUGAGAUGUCAGCAGAGUCCAAGAUGGGGUUUGAACCCAUGAACCAUGAGAUCAUGACCUGAGCCGAAGUCAGAGGCUUAACUGACUGAGCCACCCAAGUAUUCCAUAAAAAUAAACAUUUUAAAAAAGAUAGAUUUAGCCUCACUUUAUAUGAGACAAUGCAUCGAUACAUUUGAAUUAUCUUUAGAGACUUUGGGGAAAUUGAAUGGAUAAAAUCCAUACAAUCAAUCUGGCACUAUUAAGUUCGGCACCACAAAUAGUAUUUACAAAUCUUCUCUACACAUGGCCAACUAGCUAUUAAGUUGAAAAGAUCAGAACCAGUUCAAGAGCUUUUUGGCUUUGUUUCCUAAGUGGUUUUGCAAACUUUUCCUUUUUAUUGUAAAGAUGAACUUCCUUUUUUUUUUUGUUUUUUUUUAAGUUUACUUAUUUUGAGAGAGAGAGAGAGAGAAUCUGCACUGACAGCCUGAAGCCCAACACAGAGCUCCAUCUGACCAACUAGGAGAUCGUGACCUGAGCUGAAAUCAAUAGUUAAAAGCUUAACGGACUGAACCACCCAGAAGUCCCAAGAUGCAGUUACUUUCGACUCUUUUGAUCAAAGAGGGUGUAGCCUGGGAAACAUUUGCAAGAUCUACAAUUCCGUCUGACUAGUAGCACCCAGAAUGGUUUCGGUGGCUUGAGAAAACAGAAAAGAAGAUCUUGUGGAACAGCCCAGAGAAAUAAAAUAAACCUGCCCAUAAAACAGAGGGGUUAUAGGACAGCACCACCUCCAGGUCUAAUUUACCUACACCCCCCUUUUCCGCAGCAUUCUCAUUGUCAAGGGAGAAACGGGGAAGGACGGGAAGAAGAACGAUGCCAUCUGAAACCAACAGAGAGAAGCUCUGUAAGAAAACCCUGAGGUGUUUGCGACUGGAAUAUUCAUCCUCCAACUCACAUACGUCUCCUGAGAGCCAGCCAUGCAUGCGAUGAGGUGUCAUCCAAAGAAAAACAAAGACACGCCAAAAAAACCCUUUCUCUGACUUAGGAUGAGCAGCUGAUAAUUAAACGCUAGUGCAAACCACAAUAUUAAAAUGUCUGACGAUGCCGGUGACACCUCAGCCACUGGAGACAAAGCAGAAAUUACCAAGAUGCCCAAUAGCAAGUUUUUACCCAAAGAGACAGAAGCACACUGUGAUUCAGCUACGAUUCCAAAUGAGCCAACACCAGCUGACGCCACAGGAGAUGGGCAUGAAAAUGCAACCAUUCAGUGUGCAGAGACUGCAAGCACUCAGCACCCUGAGCCCCAACACCCCAGUGCCACGCAGCAUCCCCCCAAUGGAGAAGUGACUGAGGAUGCGCUUGCUGAAUGCAUUGACUCCGUCAGCCUCGAGGCAGAACCUGGAUCUGAAAUACCCCUGAAAGAGCAGAGUAAUCCGGCUGUGGAUUCCCCAUCACAUGGAGGGGGAUGGGCAGGCUGGGGCUCCUGGGGCAAAUCUCUGCUCUCAUCAGCAUCUGCCACAGUAGGUCAUGGAUUGACAGCAGUCAAGGAAAAAGCAGGAGCCACACUACGGAUUCAUGGUGUAAACUCCAGCUCUUCUGAAGGGGCCCAACCUGAUACCGAAAGUGGAGUCCCUCAAACAGAUGUGGCCACAGAUCAGAGUCCCACAGAAAGCCCACCCACUUCUCCCUCAUCCGGGUCUCGGGGCAUGCUGUCCGCCAUCACCAAUGUGGUUCAAAACACAGGUAAAAGCGUCUUAACGGGUGGUCUGGAUGCUCUGGAAUUCAUCGGUAAGAAAACCAUGAAUGUCCUUGCGGAGAGUGACCCAGGCUUUAAGCGGACCAAGACACUCAUGGAGAGAACCGUUUCCUUAUCUCAGAUGUUAAGAGAAGCCAAGGAGAAAGAGAAGCAGAGGUUGGCCCAGCAGCUCACGGCCGAGAGGACCGCACACUACGGGAUGCUGUUUGAUGAGUAUCAAGGUUUGUCACACCUGGAAGCCCUGGAAAUUCUGUCCAAUGAAAGUGAAAGCAAGGUUCAGUCAUUUUUAACAUCGCUUGAUGGAGAGAAGCUGGAACUCUUAAAAAACGACCUAAUUUCCAUUAAAGACAUCUUUGCAGCCAAAGAAUUGGAGAAUGAAGAGAAUCAAGAAGAACAAGCCUUAGAAGAAAAGGGAGAAGAAUUUGCUAGCAUGCUUACAGAGCUUCUCUUUGAAUUACAUGUUGCAGCCACGCCUGACAAACUCAAUAAGGCCAUGAAGAAGGCUCAUGACUGGGUGGGAAAAGAUCAAGCUACCAUAUCAGUAGAUAUGGCAGAAGAGGCAGAGGAGAGCACCAAAAAGGAAGAAAAGGAAGAGAAACCAGAAAAUCCCGAAGAAGACAAAAAGGAAGAGAGAAGAACUAAGACAGUUGAGGAAGUAUACAUGCUGUCCAUCGAAAGUCUGGCAGAAGUAACAGCACGUUGCAUUGAGCAGCUGCAUAAAGUAGCAGAAUUAGUUCUUCAUGGGCAGGAAGAGGAAAAACCAGCUCAGGACCAAGCAAGAGUUCUGAUAAAAUUAACUACUGCAAUGUGUAAAGAAGUGGCCUCCUUAUCAAAGAAGUUUACGAAUUCUUUAACCACUGUUGGGAGCAACAAGAAGGCUGAGGUUCUUAACCCCAUGAUCAAUAGUGUAUUGCUAGAGGGCUGCAAUAGCACGACAUACAUCCAGGAUGCCUUCCAGCUGCUGCUGCCUGUGCUGCAGGUCUCACACAUCCAGACCAGUUGUUCAAAAGCACAGCCGUGACCUGGCCAGACUCCCAUCUAGUGAAAGAAAAGGCAGGCCACAUUGCUCUGUUAUAUAUCAGUGAAGGGGAUGUUCUCUGCACAUCUGGCCACAGACGCCCCUUUGAGGACUCUACAAGCAAUUUUGCACGGACAGUAUGGAGAACGCAAGUUGAGAGAGAAUAUCAUUUCUCUUAAUGUAUAUGGUUGUUUUUACAAAUAAGUGUAUUUCCUUUAUGUUAAUUUAAGUUUACAAGGCUUUAUAUUGAUAAUUUCCUUUAAUUUGAAGUUCAUUCACCAAUAUUCAUUUCCAUUUUCCUGGUCAAGCAUGCUAUAUUUAGAAAUUCAUGGGUAGAUCCUAUACUUUUUAUUUAAUCCUUUAAAUUCCCACCUUUAAAUGUCCCAUUCUUAUGGUAUUACUUUAAAUCAAAUCUUAUACUGAACUUAGUUUUGUUAUAUAAAUAUGGCAAAGAUAACACUACUUACAGAUAUUACCUAUUAUAGUAAAAGAGAAACAUAAAUAUCUCUUUAUAGUAAUUCAUUCUGAAAACAAGCUUUCAUUGAACUCCUACUGCGUGCUCACAAUAGAAGAACAUGAUCUGAACCCAGGAAAAGAGUAGUUAGGUACUCUAAGUAAUCUUUAUGCCCAAUGCAGGACUCAGACUCACAACCCCGAGAUCAAGUUGCAAGCUCCAUCAACUGAGCCAGCCAGGUGCCCCUAGACAGAUGCUCUAAAAGAGGAUUAAUAAUAAUUCUUAAAAUGCUUAAAAAUACUAAUGAAUUUUCCAAACCUUAAGAGGUUUGAUGAGCAAGGUAAAACUAGUGUUUUUGUUCUUUUUAAUGUUCUGCUCUUCGAUGUAUUCUUGUAUUUUUCCAUACUCCUUGGACUUUUUGAUCCCAAACUUUAUAUAUGGCGUGAAAAUAUAUAUGAAAGGGGGGUACUAAAAGAGUAUUCAGUUUAAACUAGACUUUUUGUGACCAUAAGUACAUGAUAGCAUAAUUACAAAGCCUGGAAAUAUCCGAAUAGAAAAUUAAAGGGAUUUGAACACAACACACCCCCAGACUGCAUCUUUAACUCCGAGUCAAGCUAUUGUAUAAAUACACACAUCACACUCCCCAGUGGUAAAUACCAUCAUCACUUCUAAAGGGCAGAAAAUACGGAUGUGUGUCUUGACUAAGUGGUAGAUUGAUCCAUGACAGAUUUCACUGAAGACCCUGUGGCCAGGAGAGGCAUUGUCUGUGAACACUUCUCCUGAGCUCCAUACACUUAUUCUGGUGGGGGUUCAUCCGAGCUCCAUCAGCAUCCCGACGGGCAUUGUCACAAGAUGUCUUACUCCCUGGUUCUCUCUAAGGCAAAUGAACCUUGUAGUUUUAUAGGGGUGAAAAUCCUUUGUUCACAUAUGCUUUCCCUCCCCUGAUAGAGUAGACUGCCUAUGUUCCAUACAGGCAAAGUAGGAAUGUUUUAAUAUUAUCCUAUGUCUUAUUAGCAUUUUACUUGUGUCCUACAUUUCAUUUUGUGUAUCUCCUGAAACAACCAAAUAGAAAACAUAAGAAUAAUUAUUUACAAUCUGGAAAAGAACUCUCUGAGGAAUCAAUUAAAGAUGCUUUUUUUUCUAUUGUUUUUUGAUUGCCUGAAAUGUUUCUGAUAUUAAGUCUAGAGAAAAAUUAACUGCCAAAAAUGCAAUUACCUCUUCAUAAAUUUUGUAGGUAUUGUGUACAGAGCAGAGGAGAGGACUUAGAUUUACGAUUUCUCCACAACAGAUUUUUUAGCAUCAGAUGGAUUUAUAGAUGUUAACUGGAAA